GUCUCUCGUGCCGCAGUUGAAGUGUGGAUGAAGCGGUGCAUCUCGAAGGAUGGCGGAGUACUAAAUGAGUCUGCCGAGAACAUCACAGAGGAGUCACUACAAGUUAUCUGCCGAAAGGAAAAUUCUUCCAUAACAAGGGCAUCGGCCUCGCUCUCCGGCUGCCAGCAUGAUGAAGGACUGCCUGCAGUUCCUGAUCGAGCCGGCCAAAAAGCUCAAGAUCCGACUAAAGGAGUCUCGGAAGCGAGUGAGACUUGAGAAGAGGGAGCCGCUGGUGGAGAGCCAGUUAUUUAUUAUGGAGCUGGCCCGAGAGCUCAACAAAAUCUGCCAGAGGUCAAACGUCCUCGGCCACAUCUGGACCAGUGAGGACAUCUGGCCGGCCAGUGUGUGUCGCGAUUUCAUCGUGGAAUGGGCCGCUGUGUUGGAGAAGAGAGUCCAGCCGAGGAUCAUCCUGUCUGACUACCAGUGUGAGAAACCGGAGAAGAAAGACUGGAAGGGACACCUCCUCUGCAUGCUGGAGGCCGGGGGGGAGUGCGACAUGGGGCCCCACAAAAGAGUCAUCAUGGACUGGACGCGGGAGAUUAAAAGCAGACCUCAGCCCACCGUCUGGCCAGGGGAGCCUGUGCUCAUGAUGCUAGACGACCUGGAGUUCCAGUGGAAGAGGGGCCGUCUGCCCAACCUGCUCCCAGCCAUGGAGCUCGUCAUGCUGGCCGUGCUGAAUGCUGACAGCCUUGUCAAGGAGGACGUGACUAAGCAAUGGCUGGUGAGAAAGCAGAGGAUCCAGAAGAUGGACGCUGUCCGCUACAUCCCCCACAGCGUGUGGAAUUGGAUUUGCGAUGCUGCAGAGGAAGUCACUCUGGACUCAGACUCAGCCAACCCAGACCUGCUCAUCUCCAGUGAUGAAAAGCGCAUGCGGUGUGGCGUGGAGCGCCGGGACGUCCCGCGGUGCCAGCGACGCUUCGACGGCUGGCGGUGUGCCGCUGGCCAGGAGGGCUACGCCUGCGGACGCCACUACUGGGAGGUGGAGGUGGGUGAGCGGGACUGGCGGCUGGGUGUGGCCAAGGCAUCCGCGGCGAGGCAGGGCUUCCGCUCACUCAACACAGAUACAGGCUACCUGACCCUCCGUCUGGAGAGAGGCGCAGAUCUUAAAGCCCUGACGGUGCCCGCCACCCCGCUGUCACAGAGCCUGGUGCCCAGGAAAGUUGGGGUGUACCUGGACUAUGAGCAGGGCCAGCUGUCUUUCUAUGACGUGGAGAAGCGCUCCCACCUGUACACCUACAACGAGAAGUUCACAGAGGAACUGUACCCCGUGUUUGGGACUGUUGAGAUGGUCAAAGACCUGGUGAUAAGGCCUGCAGAUGUCAGACAGCCGUGCCUCUGCCCCGGGCCCUGCCUCUGGAACUGAACUGCUUAACACACAUCAGUCACUCCUCAGUCCCGAUCCUCAGCAACCCAGAGUCUGCGCUUUUAUUCUGGUCCGUUAUUUAGUGAAUUUGAAUCUCGUGUGCUGUUUCUGGACUAAAAGUCUGACUCUUUCUGCGGGUUGCCUUGUGAGAUCAGGAACAAGAACCGCCAUCAUUCUGCAUUACACUUUGUGUUACUCUGCCUUCAUGGAGACAUUCAGUGUUUGACUCUUUGUAUUGUAAAGAUAAAUAUUUUAAGGCUGUCAGAAAAAAAAACCCCUCACAAAACAGCCUUGUUUUUAGCUGAAUGGAAAUGUUUUCUUCACAAUGUACAAUAAGGUUUGAGAGGGUUUAGAAGUCCAUAAUGUUGUUGGAAUUCUUUAACCCACAAAGAGCCAUAUAUUUGUUCUUUUAAAGUUAAAACAUAAAAAACACCAAACCUGGAGUUGCAAGGUUUAUACGCCACAACAGCGAUAUGGACAUUUUUGUGAUUACUUAUUUUUAUCACUUAGAGAUGAAAGAACAAGAACAAACUAACUUCACAAAUGUUAAAGCAUGCAGGCACUGUGAAAGGAUGUGCGAGCAGCUACUUAGAGCCUCAGUGCGGUUAUUCAGUGCAGCUGACGAGGGCUUGCUAGCGCGCACUGGCAGAUAAUUACAGACUGGGUUGACGCAUGUGAAGAGUUAAUUCUCACUCUUUUUGCUUCUUUGUCUCAAGCUUCCUGCAAACAUUUGUCAGGCAUGAGCUUGUUUUUGCAGCUGUGUUUUUGUUUUCGUGUGCAAUAUUAAGACAUCAAUGCCCCCCCCCCUUACAUCAAUAAAUUAACUGUAAAUGCUC